UUCCCUCCCUUUUCCUUCCCCCUGCCCCCUCCCCUCCUCGAGCCCCUCGCUCCCAAUCCCCCGGUCUCGCACCACCCACCUUCCCCGAUCCAGCACCGCACGCCUCCGCACUCCCCCAACCCCCAUGACACGCAAGAGGCGCAAGCACGCCGCCGCCGCCGCCUAGGGUUUUCCGAUCCCCUCCAGCAGCAUGGAUUCGCUGCCGCGGAAGCGCAAGGGCGCGCGCGCCGCGUGCUCGCUGGCCGGAUCCCUCCACGACGCGCCCGCCGCCGCCGCCCGCAAGCGCACCUGCCGCGAGCCCAAGCCGCGGCCCGAGAAGAAGAAGCCCUCGCCCUCCGGGGGCGCCGCCGGCGAGGCGGGGGCCUCCGCCUCGGCCCGGGGCGGCGUGGUGAUGACGGCGCCGCCCGCGAGCGGGCGGGCGGCGCCCGACAGCCCCGGCCGCGGGCUCAAGCGGAAGCUGGGCUGCAUCGAGUCCGCCACGCGGAUGGGCCGGAAGAAGCGCCUCGAGAGCGAGUACGAGCUCGGGGCCGAGAUCGGGCAAGGCAAGUUCGGCUCCGUCCGGAUCUGCCGCGCCAAGGCCGGCGGCGAGGAAUUCGCCUGCAAGGCCCUGCCCAAGAACGGCGAGGAGACGGUCCAUCGCGAGGUGGAGAUCAUGCAGCACCUCUCGGGCCACCCGGGCGUCGUCACGCUCAAGGCCGUCUUCGAGGACGCAGACAAGUUCUACCUCGUCAUGGAGCUCUGCGGCGGGGGCAGGCUGCUCGACGAGAUCGCCAGGCAGGGCAAGUUCUCCGAGCAGCGUGCUGCCAUUCUGAUCAAAGAUCUCAUGGCCGUGCUCAAGUACUGCCACGACAUGGGUGUCGUGCACAGGGACAUUAAGCCGGAGAAUAUUUUGCUCACCAAGGCUGGGAAGAUGAAGCUUGCCGAUUUCGGACUUGCUGCACGGGUCACCAAUGGUCAGAAAUUGUCUGGCGUAGCUGGGAGUCCAGCAUAUGUAGCACCUGAAGUUCUUUCUGGAAGCUAUUCUGAGAAAGUUGAUAUAUGGGGUGCUGGUGUGCUACUACAUGUACUACUGCUUGGUUCACUUCCAUUUCAAGGAGGCUCUCUGGACGCUGUCUUUGAGUCUAUAAAGACGGUUGAACUUGAUUUCAGCAGUGGUCCAUGGGAAUCAAUAUCAGGUCUUGGGAAGGAUCUUAUUAGCCGAAUGUUGAAUAGAGAUGUCUCUUCUAGAAUGACUGCUGAUGAAGUUCUUAGUCACCCAUGGGUCCUAUUUUACACGGAAUGCCCCUUGAAGGUGGUAACUGCUAAUUUAUGUGUCGCUAACAAGAUUUUAACACCCAGGAUUCCAUGGGACAGACUUAGGUCAGAAUGUGAGUCAUUGUCAGACUUCAGCCAAAGGUCAGAGGAUCAGGAUGAAUGUGGCAUAGUUGACGCACUGACAGCAGCAAUAACCCGUGUUAGAAUAUCAGAGCCGAAGAGAAGUCGGCUCUGUAGCCCUGCAAUCACCAUUCAGCAAGAAUGCUCUUCAAACUUGAAGAGUAAUCUGUGCACGGCUUUCUGACCUGACCCAGUGUAUAGCUCCAGAUUGGAAUGGUGUCCAUUUUUCUCGCAGAGAAGGUGGGUCUGAUUUACAGUGGCUCCACUGGCUGGUGUAGAGCUGAGGAUAAUAACUCGGGGUUUUCCAGCAAGGCGGCAAGUGGUUGUUAUGUAGGUUUUCUCCAGUAAUUGCUGAUGAACCCGACGGUAGUAAUUGCUGUAAAUUUUGUAAAUAGCAUGAUCCCUCCCCCUAUCUGUGCCUGGGUUGCUAAUUUAUGUUGUCAGAACUGUACCAACUUUCAAGCAAUGUUCAUAAUUCAUAAGCUGUUGUCUUACCA